AUGAGGCGAGCUAUAGGGAAAGAAGAGAAGGAACAUUUUGGAGAGGAAGAGGCAGAGGAGGCUCUCACGUUGAAAGAAGAGGAAGAACCUUUUGGAGUGGCAGAGGAGGCUAUCUCAAUAAAAGAGGAGGAGGAAGACGUAUUGGGGGUGGAGGAAGAGGAGACAGAAGAUCUGAUUAACAUCAGAGAGAGACCAGACUCUCACUCUGACAGCAAGAAGAGUCCUUUAGGGGAACCAGAGCCAGAGACCCCCAAACCAGCAGGACCACACCACUGCUCUCAAUGUGGAAACAGUUUUUCUACGUUAGGGAAUCUAAAACGUCAUGAGAUGGCACACACAGGAGAGAAGCCUUUCCAAUGUUCCCAGUGUGAUAAGAGUUUUACCCAGAUAGGGAGCCUGAAAAGGCAUGAAGGAAUACAUCAAGAAGGGAGGAAGACCUACCACUGCUCUCAGUGUGGAAAGAGAUUUACUCAGUUAGGUAGCCUGAAAACACACAAGACAGUACACACAGGAGAGAAGCCUUUCCAAUGUUCCCAGUGUGAUCAGAGUUUUACCCAGAUAGGAAACCUGAAUAGGCAUGAAGGAAUACACACUGGAGAAAAGCCCUACCAAUGCUCCAAGUGUGAAAAGAGAUUUUUGCGAUCACAGUACCUAAAAUCACAUGAGAUGACACACACAGAGGAAAAGUCUUUCCACUGCUACCACUGUGGAAAAAGCUUUACUCAGUUACGGAGCCUGAAAAGACAUAAGAGGACACACACAUGUGAAAAGCCCUACCACUGAUCCCACUGUGGAAAUAGUUUUACUCAGUUAGGGAGCCUGAAAAUGCAUACGAGAAGACACUCUGGAGGAGAAGACAUACCACUGCUCUCAUUGUGGAAAGAUAUUUUCACAGUCAGAGGACCAGAAGUCACAUGAGAGAAUAGAGAGGCUGUGUUCUGACUUAUGUUUUUGACUAAGAAUAUUUUUUUGGGGGUUAUGCCACAUUAAAUCAUAUUGUUUAUAAUAAAUCACUCUCUAUACCCUUAUGCAAUUUAUGUUCCUCCAACUCCCCCGAGUGCCUCUGUAAAUUCAACAACUAUUGUAUGCAGCAAUCAUGUGCCUAUAAACCAGAAUUAUACUAUUAACAUUGAGACGGUUUGCCCUCGUAAGAAGUCCACUGUGUGCAUAACAUUAAUAACAUGAGCAUGUCUACUUCCCAAAUCAAAUUUUAUUUGUCACAUACACGUGUUUAGCAGAUGUUAUUGCGGGUGUAGCGAAAUGCUUGUAACAAUUAGAAUCUGAGACAAGUGCUACAAAUAGUCCACGUUAACUUGUGUAGCCUUAGAAACAAGGUUCAUGAUAUCAGUAAGUCGCUAGUAACAGACAACAUUCAUAUACUUUCUCUGAAACUCACUUAGAGAAUACCUUUCGAUGAACCAAGGGUAGCAAUACGUGGUUACGACCUCCUAUAGAAGAGACAGAAAUUCCAAUGGGGGUGGUGUCUCUGUUUAUACUCAGUCAUAUUCCUGUUAAGCUCAGAGACGAUCUAAUGUGAAAUGCUGUGGAAGUAAUAUGGCUACAGGUUCACCUGCCUCACCUAAAGCCCAUUCUGGUGGGAAGCUGCUAUAGAUCACCAAGUGCUAACAGUCAGUAUCUGGAUAAAACAUGUGUGAAAUACUUGAUAAUGUAUGCGAUGUCAACAGAGGUAUAUUUUCUGGGUGACUAAAUAUUUACGGGUUUUCAUCAAGCUGUCCACUCAGGAAUACUCUUCCAAC